UGACUUUUCGCAGAACUCUGGUCGAGUGCACUGACAACUCAGGAUUCUCAACAAAAUGGAUGCUUGUCGACGUGCUAAAAAGCGAGUCUUCCUAACUUAUUUGCUCUCAUUUGUGCUGCUUUCGACCUUUUUCUACUACCUCAUGGCCUACAACAGCAGGAAUAAUUUGGGCAUAAUGCGACUUCGUGAGGAUGUCGAUGAUAUAUCGCACAUCCUGCGCCAGCAGCAGACGGGCUCGGGCAAGUUCAACUGCCUUGGAGGAGAGCCAAAGGGACUGGGAAGUGGAAGUUGCGCCAACCGGGAUGUUAGUGCCUAUGUGGACACUCUGUUCAAGCGCAAGAUGGGGCAUUUGAUGGACGACGUUUACAACCUGAAGAAGCAGGUGAUGAGUGCCGAUUGCUCCUCCAAAAGUGCCCAAUCGACUCCGAAACCCGAAUCCGCGUCGCUGGCCAAGCCGCGCAUCAACUACGCUUCCGAGGAUCUGGGUGCCAGGAUCAUCAAUGUGAAGGCGCAACCAAUUGGUGGCACCAAUUUUAUCAAAAGGCUCCUGGGUCUGGACUUUAGCGCCAAUCCGCCGGUGAAUAUGAUUCGAGCAGGGCUCUCUCCGGGUGCCUGUUUCGGCUUUAAUGGACACCAGGCCAAUGUGACUCUUCAUCUGGCCAAGACCAUCAUCGUGGAGGCCAUCACCCUGACCCACGUGGCCCGCGAAAUGACGCCCAGUUUUUGCGUGAAGAGUGCGCCAAAGAACUUCGAUGUAUACGGACUGCGAGCGGACAAUUCUAAGAGGGAGCUGUUGGGACAGUGGAGCUACGAUAACGCGGCCAACAGGCGCACUCAGAGCUACAGUGUGCGGAGCGAGUACUUUUAUCGAAAUCUUGCUUUUUCCUUCAAUUCCAACCACGGCGCGAACUCCACCUGUAUUUAUCGCGUUGAAGUAUAUGGAAGGUUGCAAUAAUUUCAGUUUCUGAUAUGUUUAAAAUGUUGUAAAAAUAUGCUUUACAUUUAUGGUGAAAGUUUUAAUAAAC